AUGAAUUCAGGAAGCAGUAUUAUUCACAAUAUUUUGAGUUAUAAUGUGACUGAUACCCAUAUUUACAAUUAUCUUUUAACUGGUUCCAACAUGAAAAAUUACUUCCUUCUAUCAACAAUGGAUACCAGUAAAGGAGGUGAUUAUGGUGCAUAUGAAAUUUAUUUUGGCGAAGUGAAAUAUAAUGAUAAUAAUAUUUCAAAUACAAUAUGUAUGAAUUAUGCUGCUGAAAAUUUGUGGUUUGGUCAGUCAAAUGGUAUUGCAUCAUUUUCAAAUUGUUUUAAUAAUACAUCAACUUCUCUUGGAAUGAAUUAUCAUUAUGGAAAUCCAUAUUCAACAACGAAAUACUAUAGUAUCAUUUCAAAUAAAAUAACUGGUUCAAAUGGAGAUGGCACUGGUAUUGUUAGCACAGGAUUCCACGGUCUGAAAUUAUCAAAUUCUGUAUUAUUAAACAAUAUUUCACCUAAUUUAUUCUAUGUUUCGGAAAAUGGUUUUUUAAUAGUUGAUUCAACAUAUAUCAAUGGUAAUAGUUUCACGUAUUCUUGUUCAUUUUCCUAUUCUGGUGGAAGUUUUUCAAUAACAACAACAAGUUCAUUCAAUAUUAACUUUAAAGAAUACACAGAUACUGAUGCCUUGACAUUUAUAAUAAUGCCAAAGAAAUGCUCAAAUACUGCCAAAUCUUCUACCAUGAAUUACCUACUUCUAUUAGUAAACGAAGUUGCUGAAUAA